AUGAACGGAAAGAAAAAACUCUUCCCGGCUCCAUCCCCUCCACCGACAGCACUCUGUCCACAGAGGUGGCCAGGAUGCAACCCCGAAUCAUUAGCCACGAUGCGGCACGUAUUGAUUGAUAACCACACCCGAUAUCACAUCUUCUGGAACGAUAUAAGGUUUCACAACCACGUUGCCCAUCGAGCACUUGCAAUAUACGCAUUAGGAGGCAGCGGACCCGUGAUUGAAGCAUUGUACAAACAGGACAGCAAGUUUCAGAGAGCCGCCUUUGUAUCGCCCCAUCCCGUCACAACGCAGAAUUUUGUUGACCAUCUUGGUGAUGAAAACUACUACGAAGCUUACACCACUUUCUUUGCUAAGGCCAUCGAAGAAAAGGGCGCCUCCGCAACUUUGGAUGAAUUCAUCUUUUCCGAGAAGUAUAACUUCCAACCUGGAAGAGACGCGGAAAGCCAGCCGGAAAUGCUGUGCCGAUUCGUAAAUGGAGUCUUUCAUUCAUUGAUUCAUUGUGGAUAUGGCGUCGAGUUUGGCUUAAAAGGCAUGCUUGCUGAGGGUAAGUCACACGUUGGUGCAAAGGAAGAAGAGACUUACAUCCGUGAUGGCAUCGGCGCUGUGAUGAACAGUUUUGCGUCAUUGAUGCUCGAUUCUGCGAUGCCUCUCAAGGCGCCAAGCGGACAAGACACCCACGCUUUCUCAAUUCUUGCUCGAGUUCUCAAGGAUCCCAGCCUUGCGUCGAAAGGUCAAUUAAAUUUCGCUAGCCAAUAUCCCGACACACUUGUGGCUCACGGUGACACAAUCCGCGAGCACGUCCAGAAAUGGACAGUGGAUCUCUCCAAACCGGGAGAGAUCGAACGUAAGAUAGGAGAGUGUAUUUGGACCUCCUCGGUAAUGUAUGCUCUCGGAGGGAUGCAUCUGGUCAAUUCAAGUCUCUUCCUCCCUUCACUCGUCGCCUACUUGUCUCCUCGGGCACAAGUCCUACUUCUCCGCGCAUACCUCUCAAGCGUUAUUGCAUGGUUCGUGGUAAUCGGCCGACCCUCCCUGAAUUUCAAAUCCUUUUUUGAGUCGACAUCCACGGUGCCGAACCCUCCAAACAGCCCCGCUGUUCCGCCAAACGCGCAGACACCCAACCCUUUCCUUCCUCUCAUCCAACGAGCUUUCGCACACUUCUCCACCAUCUAUGGGGCCCGGCCGAAAGGAUACUUUGCUGGAACUGAACUAGAUGGGGCAGAGGAACUUGACGGCUCGCUAUUCGUGCGAGCAGCCGUGUUGACCGCAGAUUACAUGGGAUGGGUGAGGGAAGGAGAAGAGGCGAGUAUGUGGAGUUUGAAAGGGCUUCAUCCGUAA